AUGAACGUCGACACCAACAACCUUGCCACCAUGGACCUCAAUACCCACACCGACACCUUGGCCAUUAUGAACACCAACACCGACGACAACGCCCAGUCCACCGCCUGGGCUACGAGCACCGAAACCGACACCGACACCGACACCAACGCCCCGGCCCCCUCAGCCGCCUCGGCCGCCUCCACCGCCGCAGAGAGGAAGAGCAAGUACAUCUCCGAGCUCAGCCGCCGGUCCCCCACCCAAGUCUCCAACAUGCUCACCCUCAGCGAUAAGCUCAAGGCCGACCUGCACGCGCUCGGCCCGAACGCGAACUACCUCGCCCUCGGGUUCGACGAGAUGGCGCUCCUCCUCGCUUUCAGGAUGGUGAUGGAGGGCACGCCUGCCGACCCGAACGGCGCAGAGCUCCAAGCCUACAUCGACCGCCUUGGCGGCCUGCUCCCGUUCGUCGAGACCGAGGACGCCAUGACCAAGGCCAUCUUGGAUCUUGUCCAUCUUUCGACGGAGGUGCUCAAGCUGGGCAUGCUGGCCGGGGUAGCUGCGUAG